UGACACCUGCCCAUAGAGAUGUCACCAAGAAAGGCAGAUCACUCUGAACUGCUACUCUUGUCGUAAAGCCCAAACUACCCAGUUCCAACAAGUACGUGUGUACUGUCCGACUAAGCCGGGACCAUGUCCACUUCGUUUCCCGAAAGUGCAGAACGCUCCAAAUGCCGGUUAGAGGAAAGCAACGUCACAAAGCAGAACAAAAACGCGCCCAUCCCUUUCCUGGAAUUUGUUCAGAACAUUGCGCCGAUCGUCCAGGAUACAAUCGCCGGCAAGGUCCAUGUCAAGGCAUUACAGGCACCAGAUCGGAAGGCGGCUCUUCAGAGGCAUGGUCAACGAGGAGCAGACACCACAACGCAUGAUCAGUAUCAUGACGUGAGCCUGAAAGACCCAUUGCCACUGCCGAGCACGCCCAGACUCACUGUAGAGAGUCCAAGCAGUGAAUCGGAAAGUGUUCAACCCGGCGACUCACAGCUGCACAUGGACGAUUCAAAUGAUGAGCACUCUAGCUACUACUCCGACUCUUGCGCCAUCGAACGCGAACCUCGACGGAGACAGGCCGGGCCGUGGGAUGUCACUCUGCCGAGGACAAUAAGACAACCUCUCGAGAUGAUGAUUGAGAUGCACAAGCAAUCCCACCCGUCAGGCUACACAGAUCACCCACGGACUCGGCGAUCGAGCAUGGCUGGCGGUGGUAAUAGACCUAUGAAGACGGACUUGGCCAAGCUUGACAGCUGUCCUGAAUACGAUGGGGAUGAUGAAGGCAGAGGCAGGCCUAGAUAGCGAUAUAUCAGCUCCUUAGAUGAAGGGCCUGGAACCCGUGAUGUAUGAAGGUUGCUCUCCCACAUCACAUUCACCAAUGGAUUGUCAAAUACAGC